AAAAUGAUUGCUCCUGAGCUACAUUUCAACUAUACUUAGGCAAUGGAAUCAUUUUAGUUUUCUACAAAAAGAUGAGGUGUGGGGCAGAUGCAAACACACUGGAGAAGGUAUUGUUUUUGUAAUUAGGAUUGUACAUUGUUAUAGAAACUACACUUUUUAAUGAGCUUGUAUGCGUUCUGCUGUAAUAAUAAUAAGCAAGAAUAAAAUGACAUAAUAAUAAUAAUAACAAAAAAGUAGCAGCAUAAUAGAAUGGAGCAUCGAAUAACUAUAUACGCAGGAAUAUUUGAACGCUAAAAAUAAAUCAGUACAAGUAGGUGGCGACAGGCACGCAGAACGCGACGCGCCUGAAACCAGAGAAGAAGAAGAAGAAGAAGAAGAAGAAGAAGCGGCGGCCGGCAUGCUGCUGAAGCGUCCGAAGCUGCUGCUCGUCCCGCGGCUCCUCAAACACACCGCGGCGCGGCUCUCCGAGAAGAAGCUGAGCCGCUGUUUCGUGGAUCAUCGCCGGGUGAAGGUGGUGGCGGGGUCGGGGGGGAACGGAGCCUCGUCCUUCCACAGCGAGCCCCGGAAAGAGUGGGGCGGUCCGGACGGGGGAGACGGAGGAGCCGGAGGAGACAUCAUCAUCAGAGUGGACCAGCAGGUGAAGUCACUGUCCUCGGUGUUGACGGUGUAUCGAGGGAGAGAUGGAGAAGCGGGAAGCA